UCUGUCCAAGGCAGCUGUGAAUACAUCAGACUCCCACUCUAUGUCUUGAUGGCACACUCCAUUCUGUCUCUCUGGCUGCUGGUAGCUGCACUGGUUCCCCAUGCCUGUGACAAAGAGACACCACUAGCAUCAUUGACUCAAGGCCUGUCACCAACACCAGUGAUUCAAAGGAAACGACCCCCCAUCUUCAACAACCAAAAAUUUGCCUUGAGCCUGUACAGACAGCUGCCAGGGACUAACAAAAACAAAAACAUAAUCUUUUCUCCACUCAGUAUCGCUGUGCCCCUCACGCUGUUGGCCUUCCAAAAUAAGCCGGAAGCCCGCCACCUGAUUCUGAAUGAUCUGGGGUUCAGAGAUGCCAAGGACCUGGACAAUGAGGCACCCAUGAGCUAUGGGAACCAGCUGGGUGCCCUGCUGCGUGACGAUCAGUGUGGAAUCCAAACUGGCAGCUUGCUGUUUAUGGACAAGAAACUAAAACCAGAAAGCAAGUUUCUCUCACUAGCCCAGAGCGCCUACAGCAGUGACGUCAUCCUCAUCUCCUUGGGGGACUACGAAUUAGCCCACAAGCAGAUAAACUCAGUUAUGCGAGACAGGACCCACGGGAAAGUUAAGAGGCUGUUGAGGGAUGUGAAGGCUCUAUCUGACUUGCUUCUGGCCAAUUACAACUUCUUUAAAGGGACAUGGAAACAUCGCUUUGACCCGAAGCUCACAACAAUGAAGUACUUCACAGUACAUGAGGGGGUCCGGAUUAUGGUACCCAUGAUGCAGCGGGUAGGCUGGUUCCAUUCGCAGUAUUUCUCCCACCUGCACAGCUAUGUUCUCCAGAUGCCCUUCACCUGCAACAUCUCAGGAGUCUUCAUUCUUCCAGAAGAGAAAAAACUGGAGGAGUGCGAGAAGGCAGUACUGGAGGAGAGUUUUGACACAUGGAUUCAGCCCUUACCACUGAGCAUGGGGCGGCUAUUUUUCCCCAAAUUCUCCAUUCCUGUGACUCUUCGUCUGGAGAACUUCAAGUAUGCUUCCAGCCGCCUUAAUCUGUUCUUUGAACACAUGGACCUCUCGGGAAUCACCAUGCCAAAGGCACCCCUGAGGGUCACCACGGCACUACACAGGGUGGAGCUGACCAUGGAUGAGGAUGGAGCAGAAGAGGAAACCAUCUCCGGCUUCCAAGGCAUCCCCAUGCCAUUCCUCCAUAACCUCAACUUCAAUAGGCCCUUCCUACUAUUAAUUUUAGAGGAAGCCAGCCACAACCUUCUCUUCAUGGGGAAAGUGGUGAAUCCUACUAGUGUCAGAUCGGUUCCCAAGACAGAGUUGAGAACCUAGAAGAUAGAAAACUGGCCACAGCUUAGGAGAGUGACCAGCCUAUGAUGCCCACAGGAAGACUGGAGUUGGGGCAGUGAGUCUGACAUUCCUUUGCUCAUGAUUGCAUCUGAGGUGGUGGUUUUCUAAUCUGUGGGGUAAGAGCAGCUACUCAAAGGGGACCCAUGCAAAGACAAGAAGACAGAAACAUAGACUGAGCAUCAGUAUGGGAGAGCUCCAGACAUGGUGUCCUUUAAAGAAGGUGCCCCAUGGAGGUUGGAGCUGGAGGCCCUGAAUUCUGAUUUUCUCAGACCCUCACUGGAUUAUAGUAGAGUUCUAUUCCUUUGAAGAUUGUUUCAAUAAAACAGCAAAUGAGAAUGUUA